UAUUUUACUGAAAAAUAAAAUAGAAAUUAUUUAAUCAAUAAAAGCGCUGCAAAUUCUAUAAAGAAGAUAAAUAUCGCAUUUUGCUGAAUCAUUUUCCCCGUGAUUCUCUUUAAAGCCUCCUCCACUCCCCCGGCCCCCGAAACUCCAUUUUCGUUUGUUGUGUGUAUAGGUAUCUACGCAUAUCUCCAUCAACUCCGCCACUGAUACAAUUGAGAACGCAAUCAGAGGAAUCGCUUCUCGAUUUCUUCAGCUCCAAACUCUCGAAUCAAAACUCUGAAAUUCUUCCAAAAAAAAAAAAUUCAUAAAAAGAUGAUGUCAUCGCUGUUAUCAUCGAAUCCAGCAGUAAAUUCGGACAGAUCAUCCACCAGAAGAAAGAAGAAGAAGAAAAUCCAUCACGACGCCCAAAUCCAAGCCGACAACCAGCAAAACAUCUCCCCGAUUCAAUGGAAAUCCGACGCUCAGCAGCAAAUCUACUCAUCGAAGCUGCUCCACGCGCUGCAGCAGGUCCGGCUCGGCUCGUCGGGAUCCGAGCCGUCGGCUCCGCGGCGGGUGCGCGACGCCGCGUACGGCGUCCUGGCCGCGACGGCGAGGGGGCGGUCGCGGUGGAGCCGCGCGAUACUGACGAACCGGCUGAAGCUCAAGUUCAUGAAGAAGAACAACAUCGCGAAGCGGCAGCGCAAGAUGAUGACAGUGAUCGCCGCCGGGAAUCAGCCGCGGAAGAAGUCGAAGGUCGGCGUCUUGCGGCUCAAGUCCAAGUGCUUGCCGGCGUUUCAGCGGAAGGCGCGGGUGCUGAGCCGGUUGGUCCCCGGCUGCCGGAAACAACCGUUGCCGGUGGUUUUGGAGGAGACGACGGAUUAUAUAGCUGCGCUGGAAAUGCAGGUGCGAGCCAUGAGUGCAUUAGCCGAGCUACUUACCGUUUCAGGCUCAUCUUCUAGCAGCACAGCCACAGCGCAACCCGGCUCAGUGCGGACCCCACCCAACUAAUAUGGGUUUUUCUUCUCUUUUUUCUUUUUGGUUUUACUGACUAUUCAGAUAUUCUCCCACCUUAUGAAUAUCCGAAUGUGAAUUAUAUAUCUCUGAUUUUAGUUUUGUUAUGGAAAAUAUUGGAAUA